AUGAGGAUUUUCAUAGCCUUUGAGGGAUCUUUUGAGCCGUUCGAUGUUUCAGCAGAUGAAACUGUGGAGGCUGUCAAGCUGAUGAUAAAGGAUUAUUUCCACAUUCCUCUCUCUGAAGAUGAGCAAGGAAGGCGGUAUCUGGAGUUGAUGUAUGCUGGAGCAGCCCUAAAAGACAGCUGGAGUAUUGCUGAUGUUGGGAUAUCUUUUUGUUCCACUCUCAAAUGCUUUGUUAAGGAAGAAGACAAGCCAACUCUCUAUGUGUUCAAUGCUGUAACACAAGAGACAAUGCUGAUUAUGGAGAGCAUCUCUCUUCUUGGUAAAAAAGUGUCUAAUCUGAGAACACUGGUAACUCUGAGAUGUGGCUUCCCCGUGAGUGUCUACUGCCUCCGGACCCCUCAGGGCCUGGAGAUGUAUGACUGCAACACCCUCAGGGACUACCAGACAGAAAUCGGCACAACACUUCGCUUGGACGUCUGGGAUGGAUGGAAGGAAUUUCUGAUGGGUUGUCUCCUAGGACAAAAACUUAAAGUCCAACGCUACUUAUCAGAAGAAGGACCAGUACUCAAGUAUCAGAAAAGGGUGGCCCUGUACAUCGCAGCCUUUUACGGGUACGUCGAGCUCACUGAAUGGGCCCUGAAGCAGGGUGUGCGGCCCAACGAGGCGGUCGGCGUUCACCCCUGCCGAGCAUGGUGCCAUGAAGCCCUUCAUACAGAUGUCUCUAAAUGCCCCAUUCAUGCAGCUGCAGAAUCGGGCCAGCUGUUGAUUCUGAAGGCCUUUGUCAACUACAGCGUGCUGUGCCUGGAAUGCAAAAAUGCAGCAGGACAAACCCCCCUGACCAUCGCGCUCAAACACAAGCAUAAGGACUGCGUAUUAUAUCUGCUGAAUAAAACGUGGUCCACAGUCUCUUUUCCGAAAAUUUCAGUCCCCAUGAGGAUUUAUAUCAAAAUAAAGCAGUGGGUCCUGAGAGCUCACGGGCACAGCCCUAAUAAAAGCCAGCUUUACCGAGCGGGGGUCUCCAGAGCAAGAGUUGGAGAUGCUGUAAUGGUGGAUGGUUUCACCAAACCAAAAAUGACCUCCCAGAGCUGGCACAAGUACGGGGACAAGGACCCACAAAACACCCCUGGCAAGUUAGCGCCUCUUGGGGGGCAAAGGGCAACCAGGAAGGCUGUGAAUCCUUUGACAACAUCGCGGCAGAGCACAAGGGAAGAAACCCUUGUGUUUCCUCCACUAGUGGAUGCAAAUAAGUUCUCGGAAUUACGAAGGCAUCAAGAAAAAAAUCAGAAAACAAUUACUGACACAGCGAGGGAAAAAGAAAAGUUCGUCAGAAAUGCAUGUCUCCCUCAAGUUCCCCUCCCUCCACUGUCCAAAGAGCGCCAUGCACACCCAUCGUUUUACUGCGCAACACCCAGCGCGGUCUUUCUCCGAAGGUCCUCCUUCAGGUCUUGGUCGGAGCACAGUGAGAGGACUCCAAGAGAGAAUGCAAUCCACUGCUUAGCUAUGGCAAGUGCCUUUAAAGAAAAACCCUGGCUUCAGCAGUUAGGAAUAGCAAGAGUCCUGGCCAAAAAGAGCAUUUCUAACCUGACUACCCAGGACGAUCUGACAGCACGUGAAAAUUCUCUGAAAACUGUGCUUUGAAAAGUCACGACAAAGACUUUGGGCAAAGAUCUGGUCAAAUAUGACGGCAAACCACGAGUUCUCAUACCAACAAUUCUAAGGCUUUACGACCAUCGACAGGUUGUUUGGUGUCUAACACCAUGUUUUCUUGGAUUCCAUUACUCUAAGUGAAAAAUGCAGGGUGUUUGUUUUUGCUUAAAAAGUUUGAGGAAGAAUACAUAAGAAAUUGAGAGUAGUAGUUGCCUAUGGGGUGGGGGAACUCAGCAGAUGAGGAACGAGGAUGGAGUACGAAUUUUUACGGUUUCCUUUCUUUUCUUUUUUUCCCCUGAGUUUGUUUUAAUGCAUUUUGUUUUUAAAACUUAUAAAUGUAGUACCUAAUGAGAAGU